AGGGAGCCCGUGCGCAGCAACAAGACCCAACGCAGCCAGAACAGAAAAAUUAGAUCAAAUUUUAAAAAAUUAAGCAUCUGUUUAGCCCAGGUGGCAAAUCCCAGGUGGAAGGCUACCCCCUCUCCCAGAGUUUGAGUGGUGAGGCUGGUGAAGGGGGAGCUAAGACCACAGCCUCUGGCCCCUGAGAGCCCUGGCCAGUCCGGCCCAGAGCCCCAGGGAGCCCCAUCUCGUGCCCUGACAACAGGGCUCUUGUCAGGCCCUUGGGUGGACAGGCCUGUCGGAGGCCCCUGCAGUCCUACAGCAUGGGGGCAUGGGCAGUGGGCGGGAAGGCCAGCUCCGCAGACCGAUGCUGCAGUGGGUGACCUAGGGUUGCUGCAACCCCAGUGCAUCCCCAGUGGGCACGAGCACCCACAGAUACCCCCAGGCCUGCAGAGGCAGUGUGGAGACACAGGCUCCAGAACCUUCUUCACUGAACAAGGAAGUGAGCCUGGCCAGUGUAGGCAGGUCUCACGGAGGAGAGGAGAGGACGGCCUGCGGUGCAGGUGUUGGGGGGCCGCCCCGGGGGGUGGAGGAGGGGCGUGGGGUCGAUGUGACAGUGCAGAGUUUUGAGGGUUCAGCUUGUUGGCAGGAGCUGCGCAAAGGGGAGAUGGUCCAGGUCCUGCCCUGCCCCCCUCAGCUGAGCUUCCCCCGAGGUGGACAGAGGCCUCCGGGCAGGGAGGAGAACGCCCUGGCCUGGACACCCUGGGGACCAGGGCCUGGUGUGGGCGGGUGGGCAGCCUGGGACCUCAUUCUCCCACCUCUGCAUCCACCCACCCAGCCCCUUCCAGGUCUCGGCCCUCCCAGACCCCGCAGAGUGGCAACGCCUGCUGGGCCUCCUGGGCCGAGGCUGACCCCCGGGUCCUGUACCCUGGGCGGCCUUUGCCCUGGACCACCACAGCCUCCUCCUCAUCCCUGGGUUCCCGCCUCUGCUCAGACCCCAGCAUGGUCUUGGGGAGCUGGGCCCACCCUGGGUCUGUAGUUCCCUCUGACUCCAGAGCUGCGUUUCCCUUCCUGUCCCAGGUUCCCAGCUGCUUGGUCUAGCUGAGCCCCCUCCCACCCAAGGCCCAUUGCUGAGACGGGCAAGUGGCCUGGCAGGAGGGGCCCCCUACGAGUGGGGCAGAGAGAGCCUCUGUGAGCCCCGUGGGAACCUAGGGGCUCCUGGGAUGCAGCAGCACCGUGGGGUGGGCUGCGGGGAGGGGAGGGGCCUUGGGCUUCUCCCCACUGCUCCGCCCUGACCGAGCCCCGUGGCCCCCUCCCCCUAGCUGGACGUUGGCACCAACCCCCGCUACUCCAGAGGCUUCUCCCUUUGCCCAGAGAUGGUCACUCGCGCCUCAUCAGCUGUGGUGGCUGGAGGAGCUGGGAGCCGGGCUGAGAAGGUGGCCAGGGGGCUGGUGGUUUCAGGAAAGGAACUGGGUGGGGGGGUGUCUAUUCCUCCCAAGACGGCUGGCCCCAGGCCCCUCUAGGCCCUCACCUGGGUUAACCUGGGGCCUGGGGCUCCUCGUCGGUCAGGUGCUGGUAACCCCAGCAGUGCCCCAGAGGGCCGGGGGACUAACAGGGUGACUGGACUCUGUGCCCACCUGUUGACCCUGCUGCAUGCCGGGCGCUGGGCACCAUGUGCUGCCGUGGGCCAGGCUGGGUGUUGGGGGACAGGCCGCCAGGAGGACGGGGCGGAGCCAAGUGCAGACCUGCCGAGCCCCAGCUCCCCAGGUGGGGGCCACACCGCCAUGUCCCUCCUCCUCUCCUUCUCUCACAGACGUUGACCCGGAGCCAGCUAGGUGCCUGGUGCUCCUUUGUGCUGCGUGACGGGGUUCUGGCCCCGAACCGGCCACAGGGCCGGAGUGGGGUGAGAGUCUGGGUGAGCGGCACGGGGGUGCGGCCGCUGCACCCCAGCUGUGCGCCUGCCCCCAAGGGGAGCGCGUGGACAGCCUCCCCUGGGCGCCCGCCGGCCCGCCCUGCUGACGGCGCUGAUCCCCGGCUCUGAGCCGCCCUUGAUCCCCUGAUCCACCGCAGGCCCUGGGAGGCCCCGGACCAGCUGCCAGGGGGCCGGGGGUCUCCUGGAGCCGAGGCCACCAGAGCCUCAGCCCACCGCUCUGGGGUGGGGGAUGCGGGGGACCGUGAGGCCGGCGCACCCCCAGGACCAGCAGCCGAGGUGGGGCGAGGGCUGGCUGGCCAGGAGGGAGGCCCGGAGCCCCGCCAUGCCGGCUGCCGCCACGGAGGGCCCGCCUGCGGCCCUGAGCCUGGCUGAGAAGGCCGUGUGCAAAGUGGUGUACGGCGCCCCCCGCCCCCGCCCGCUGCUGCUGCCCGUGGGCCUGGAGCUGUGGCUGUACGUGCAGAAGAUGCGCCACCUGCAGAGGAAGAGGAUGGAAGCCUCGUGCCUGGAGCUGGCCCUGGAGGGUGAGCGGCUGUGCAAGGCUGGUGACUUCAAGGCAGGCGUGGCCUUCUUUGAGGCCGCUGUGCAGGUGGGCACCGAGGACCUGAAGACGCUGAGCGCCAUCUACAGCCAGCUGGGCAACGCCUACUUCUACCUGAAGGAGUACGCCCGGGCGCUGGAGUACCACAAACACGACCUGUUGCUAGCUCGGACCAUCGGUGACCGCAUGGGGGAGGCCAAGGCCAGUGGGAACCUGGGCAACACACUCAAGGUGCUGGGCCGCUUUGACGAGGCCGUUGUCUGCUGCCAGCGGCACCUGGACAUCGCCCAGGAGCAGGGGGACAAGGUUGGGGAGGCGAGGGCACUUUACAACAUUGGCAACGUGUACCACGCCAAGGGCAAGCAGCUGUCCUGGAAUGCAGCACAGGACCCUGGGCACCUGCCGCCUGCCGUCCGCGAGACGCUGCGCCGGGCCUCUGAGUUCUACGAGAGGAACCUGUCCCUGGUGAAGGAGCUGGGCGACCGGGCAGCCCAGGGCAGGGCCUAUGGCAACCUGGGCAACACCCACUACCUGCUGGGGAGCUUCACAGAGGCCACAACCUUCCACAAGGAGCGCCUGGCCAUUGCUAAGGAGUUUGGAGACAAGGCAGCAGAGAGGAGGGCCUAUAGCAACCUGGGGAACACCCACAUCUUCCUGGGGCGCUUCGACGUGGCCGCCGAGUACUACAAGAAGACUCUGCAGCUGUCCCGGCAGCUCAAGGACCAGGCAGUGGAGGCGCAGGCCUGCUACAGCCUGGGCAACACGUACACGCUGCUGCAAGACUACGAGCGCGCCGCCGAGUACCACCUGCGGCACCUGCUCAUCGCCCAGGAGCUGGCCGACAGAGUGGGUGAGGGCCGGGCGUGCUGGAGCCUGGGGAACGCCUACGUAUCCAUGGGGAGCCCAGCACAGGCCCUGACCUUCGCCAAGAAGCACCUGGAGAUCUCCCAGGAGAUUGGGGACCGCAGUGGGGAGCUCACGGCCCGCAUGAACGUGGCACAGCUGCAGCUGGCGCUGGGCCGGCUGUCCAGCCCGGCAGCCGCGGAGAAGCCAGACCUGGCCGGCUACGAGGCCCAAGGGGCCAGGCCCAAGAGGACACAGAGGCUGAGCGCGGAAACCUGGGACCUGCUGAGGCUCCCCCUGGAGCGGGAGCAGAAUGGAGACAGCCACCACGCGGGGGACUGGCGGGGGCCGGGCAGGGACUUGCUCCCCGCCCCCGUGAGGAGCAGGAAGUACCAGGAAGGGCCGGACGCUGCUGAGAGGAGGCCGCGGGAGGGUGGCCACUCCCCACUGGACAGCGCGGACGUCCGGGUGCAGGUGCCUCGCACGAGCAUCCCCCGGGCCCCCUCCUCCGACGAGGAGUGCUUCUUUGACCUGCUGAGCAAGUUCCAGAGCAGCCGCAUGGACGACCAGCGCUGUCCCCUGGAGGAGGGCCAGCCCGCAGCCGCUGAAGCCACGGCUGCCCCCACCCUGGAGGAGAGGAUGGGCCAGCCCUCGCUGACGGCCUCCCCCCAGACCGAGGAGUUCUUCGACCUCAUCGCCAGCUCCCAGAGCCGCCGCUUGGACGACCAGCGGGCCAGCGUGGGCAGCCUGCCCGGGCUGCGUAUCACCCAUAACAAUCUGGGCCACCUGCGUGGAGACGGGGACCCCCAGGAGCCGGGGGACGAGUUCUUCAACAUGCUUAUCAAGUGCCAGUCCUCCAGGAUCGACGACCAGCGCUGCCCGCCACCGGACGUGCUGCCCCGGGGCCCCACCAUGCCCGACGAGGACUUCUUCAGCCUCAUCCAGAGGGUCCAGGCCAAGCGGAUGGACGAGCAGCGGGUGGACCUCGCUGGGAGCCCGGAGCAGGAGGUGGGCGGAGCCCCCGAGCCCCGGCAGCAGUGCCAGCCCGGCGCCAGCUAAGGCCUCGCACCCGCAGCCGGGCCGCCCCACCCCCGCUCCUGGACCGGGGCGGCGGCCCGGGGGGGCUCACAAAUGUCCAGGAUGCCCACAGCACCCCCCGUGAAGCCAGCUCCUCCCGAGGCCACAGCUGAGG